ACAACUUGUAAAAUUAUUGUAUUACUGCUUUGUGAAUGUGUUAUUUAUAGACCUAACUAAUUGCAAGUAUAUUAAUGUGGGUAUUAAUUUUAUCCAGUUAAUGUUAAAACUGUAAUAAUUCGGUUAAUUUACCCAGCAUCUACCACGAUACACUUUUCUGUGCAGUCGCAUAAUUUCCCCGGGAUUUGUGAACUGUGAAGUGGUUAUUUCGGUAUUUAUUACACCCCACGGAUCUCUGAACAUUUCUGAGCAGAGAAUGACCAAAGGUUCCAGUCCGUCGCCGCGUCGCAGUCGCAAGUCGCAGGCACCCAUGAGACGUCUGACUCGCAAGUCAGUGGUAAAGAUGCUGAGUGCUAUGGCCGAGCAGUCGCCCGAUGCCACGCGAGACGUGACCCAAGACUUCCUGACGACGGGGAGAGCGGGGCGACGCAACGCUCUACCAGACAUUCUCGGUGAACACGCCCUCACCUCUACUUCCGACCUUCCUGACAAGCUCAAGGGUCUUUCCACUCAAGAUGACACAGAGCCGACAGCUUCCUCCAGCGGAACUCAAACUUCUCAAGACAGCAAACCCUCGACAAGUAACAGCAAGCCACAGAAGACGAGUUGAAACCACAGCGUCUGUUUGACGAUUAGUGUCGGCUGCCUUUCUAGUAUUUAUUUUAGGUUUUAUUACUUUAUGAAUGGCUUUAAUUUGAGCAUAUGUCGAUUAUGUGCCUUUCAUAGUAUUUUUUCCAGUUUUGCCAAGACAAGUUGUCAAUUGACAAUAGUGACAUCUAUGUUUUAUUAAGUUUUGGAUGUUGGUCAUGUAAUUAUUAUACUGAAGAUAGAACAGUGUUUAAUGCAAACACGGCCUAGUUAUUGCUUGAGAAAAGUUUACGUUUUAUAGUGGAAACACCCGUGAAAUUCCAAAUUCGCAAAUUAUACGGGAUAUUAUCACUUUUCGCAGUGGUUACAGUCUUAUUUUAGUAGUAUGAAAUAUGCGGUUAAACAUUUGACAAAUAAGUAGAUUUUGAUAUUAGUAAUUGUUCUGUGAUAUUUUGAGAUAGGGUAUAUGAACUCUACGAGAAAAUUGAUGGAUAUUUUGUUGAAUUCAAAGCUUUUAAUGUGACUGAAAGAUAUGUAGUUGUAUGUGUUAGAUUUUAUUUGUUUAUUUGUUUUUAUUUAUUUGUAAAUAAUUGUGAGAAAGGCACUUGAAAGUACAUGACGAAUAUACAUUCUUCUAUACAUAUUUUUUUGAGUGGUUCGUUUAAGCCUCUGAAAAUAUUACUUGGAAAUAUCAAAUACAUUGUAUUAUUGUUUUAUUUAAGUUUUCAGAAGAAGCAUGUUUUUUAAAAUAUUACACUAUUACAAAAACAUUUUGUUUCAUGUAGGCCUAUUAAAAACUAUAAGCUUACUUAAAAUUUUUCACCGAUAGAUUUAAUAAAAAAGCUUGUAAAACACUUUCUCUUUGUAAUAAGUUAUAAUCUCGUAAAUAUUUAUUUAUGCAACUUCAUUAAAGAAAUUGAUCUAUAAGUCUUAUUUACUGAGUAAUACAACCAAAAUUUUAAAUAUCCAAAGACUAGAAUAAAUAGUCUAUGGCCUAAGUUUUCUCUUCAAAGUUGUUGCCUGAAGAGAAUUUUCUAAAACACGAAUGUAAAUUUGUCAUGAGGUUAAAGUAUCGGUUACGCACACAUGUAUAAAGAGCUAUCAGCUUUAUUUGUACAUAUCGUCAAUGUAUUUUGAAUCUCCACCUUGACUGUAGUAUUGAAAUGUAAAUAUAGGAUUUUUUUUAAACACAACUACAUCUUCAAUUAUUUUGUUGGUUGAAUAUUUUUCUGAUUGUGAUUUUACUGGUUUAAAAUCCCAAAUGAUAUUGAUUUUAGAUUUUCAUGACAUAACUUAAUUUUUGUUUCAAGUAUGUUUGUUUGUUUUUUUUCUAGAAGAAUAUAAAGCAAACAUUUUUAGUCACUCUAGGUUCUAUCAAGAUUCUCUUAUCCGUACGGUGCUCAACAAUUUGUAAUUGGGUGUUAAAUUGACUUUUCCGAAAAGAUACUAUUUCCAGCAUUAUUUAGCUUAAAACACCCAGCAGAAUUAGAUUUUCAGUUAUUUUAUGUUUUUUGUUAGCUUAUUUUCUAUAUUUGACUCCUUUAAUGUGUGUAUUCUAAGUAUGAUAUCAUGGCCUCUAAUACAAGGCAGCGGCGAGAAAAAUGUGGCAACUCCGCAAUACCGGCCUACCAAAACAGCUGUUUGCACACAUUUAUAAUGGAGCAUCUGCGGAAUGUUUAUGUUUACAAUUGAUAAUAUUACUGUUAUUGCUAAGGAAAUAGGCCGGCCGGUGCGAAGUUGCCACUCAACAAUGCCGCAGCCUGUUCAAACAACCCCAAUACGAGUUUUACGCUCACAGAUGCGCUAGUAUUGAUUGUUUAUUUUACUUAACUAGAAUUUAUAUUAAACAGGAUUAUGCUUUAUCAAAAGCUUCAACAACUGUUUAUUGACUUUUAUGCUUCUGUUUUUGUACAUUUUACAUACAACCGGCUUUGGUAUCCACAUUUCUGUCUAGUUUGAUGAAAGCCGACAUUUUUCCUAUAAAGGAACUGUGCCAUUAGUAAGGGAUUGUGUUGUAAACAUUUAUGAAAUAUAUUUUCAAGGCACUAAGAAUUGCUUAGUCUGUAGUUAUUUUUAGAAACAUGUGUUUACAUUUUGAGAUUCUCACAGUCACUGUGACGAAUAUUACUUUUAUAUCAGGUUUUAAACAAGAGAUAUAUAAAAUAGUUGCAACGUGUGUUUGUAGUUUGGCUUAGUAUACACUCAACUGUGUUACCACUUAGUAGUUUUUAGUUCUAUGUAUUAUACAUCACGUGUGUACAAAUCGGGUUUAUUCUUCUUGGCGAAAGAGAUUUUACUCGUACAAUUCAACGCUACAAAGAUCUGACUUUAAUUUUUCUUGUCCUCAAAACAGGAAAAAUUUAUGAAUAUUUUUAGUCCAAUGGCCACCCUGAUAUUCUAGAUGCCCGUGAUUAUUAUUGGUAUAUUUUCCGUUAACACAAUAAUUACAGUUUUCUCUUAUCUCCCAGAUGAUAAUAUAAGUUAAACAAUUAGAUAGCUGAUUUUGUUAAAUAUGCAUCACAACAACUUAUUAAACCGGAUCAGCUUAUAUCUGAUGUGCUUGUAUCUGAUUGUCUAGUUUCUCACCAAAAUCAGCUAGUUUCUCAUAACUACUCUAACAGUCUUCUCUAAUAGUUUCUCAUAAAUUGUAAUAAUCAAAAUGAUUGAUCACUUACCACACAGCUGUCUGUUUGCAAAUCAGUAAAAAUGAAAAUAAGUUGGAAGUCAUUUUGAGUGGUUAUCUUUACAUGAAAAGUACUACUUUUUCUGACAUUUGUUCAUCAAAACUAUAUCAAACUAUAUAAAAAAUAUAGUUCAUCAAAACACGCAAAAAAGGUCUUUUCAACCCAAGCUCAUUUUCCGACUUUGGCUUCGCCUCGAUCGUAAAACUUGAGCUGGUGUCGAAAAGCACAAGGUAUUAUAUUCAUGAUUUAAAAACCUUAAAAAUACCAACAAAAACUGCUGAUUAUUUGAUAAAUCGGAUCGAAUGGUUAUUCAUUGAAUACCUGUCGAUUUCAUUACCUUUACUUAUCUUUUUUACAUUUAUUGUACAGUGUUACAUUUUAAAACGCAUGUAUUAAUCUGUAAAAUGUAGUUAUUGUGAACUAAUAAUAAUAAACAAACUAUUUCCCAAAGCACUUGGUUUUUCAAAGUAUAAUAAUUUUUAUCAGUUCGUAAGCAACGUAGGAAUACUGUAUAGGUUAAAAUAUUCAUUUUCAAAUGUUAUAUCCAACCCUAUGUCUAAUUUUAUUCAAGCAAAAGUAUUAAUAUUAAGUACAAGUCUUGUAAAAAUGUAUUUUGUUGUAUAGGUAAACGUUUUGUUAAAUAUAUCACAUAAUUAUGUUAAAUGUUUCAAUCAAACUUAUAAAGUCAAGACUAUUAAAAAAAACAUGUGCCAAGGAAUAAUACAACUAUUGUCUAGCUCAAACACAACUGUUCAUACAAGUUUUGUAUUGUUGAUGAAAUCAAGUAAUUGUUUUAAAGAUUGAAGAUUAUACCUCUAACUAUGGAUGGAGGAUUGUAGACAUCCCAUCUCCGUCUUGAGUUGCAGCCUAGUUAUAAAAAAAGAACGUUCAAUGCCCAUUCACUGAAGUAAUUCUAUAUGAGAAGUUAAAGCAAUGUUCUAGUUGAAAGAUCUACUACUAGUCCAUUGGGUGGGAUGUCUAGUCUAAUAUCCCAUGUUAUAUUGUAACGCCAAUUGAUUGUUGCUUUUGUUGUCAGAUUAAUGUUCAAAUCAAUGUUAAAUGUGGAAAACUCAGGUGUAAAUUCCCUUCUUCUCACAAAAAGAUGGGGUAAAUGAUUUUACCAUUUCAUACAGGCAACAGAAAUUUUUUUAAGCCAAACAAGUUCACAAAUUAAUCUAGAUAAUGGUGUUUAAUUUCCUUCUACCUUUCAUGCCUAAAACGUUCACAAUUUUUAAAUUUGAUUUACCAUACACCCUUUGAUUAUAUUUGUUUAGUUAUUCUUUAUAAAGCAGACCACUAACCUGUGUAAAAUAUUAAAUUAGAAAUUAGUUAGUUGUAGACUAAAUAAGUUUUAAGUUGAUUCAGCGUGUAACAGAAUCCAGCUUACAAGCUGGUUGCAUGAAAAUCUGUGAAAUAGUGGUCUAGUUUGAAUCAAAAGUUGUGAUCCAUUGGUUGUAUAACAGGCACACUUAGUUGUAAAAAAUACAAAAUAUUGUCAUAUGUUUGUAAAUUGCACUGAGGUAAAAGAAUAUUAAAAUCAGAAUUAAUACCCAUCAAACAUUGUCCAAUAAAGUUUGUGCAUAACUUUUUAAUUAUUUUACUUCUUUAAAUUAAGUUACCAUGAUGAAAAAAUACCUAUUCGCUACACUACUGUGAAAUGACCUGUUUCCGUUGUGUGUUUAUCACCUACGAACAUUUAUCAUUACGGCAAAUGAAUGUUUACUUUGUAAAAGUAAAGUAAUGUUUACUAUCUUUUUUGGAUUUUGUCGACAUAAACAAAGAAAUAUUUAUUUGUUAUUGUUUUAUCAGCUGUUUCUAUAUUCAACAACUAAAGUAAAUGUUAACUUUAAAUUAUUGAAGGCAUAAAUAACUUAAAAAAUGCUAUGAGUUUUGUAAUGAAGAAAAUAAUUAUUUCCUACAGUCACCCGACAAAGUUGGCUUCCUUGUACUGUUUAUAGUACAGAAAGCUGCUAAUUGCUGCAUAUUUAUCCUUUGUCGUACGGUUUAUACUUUGGCGCACAUCAGGAUUCCAACGAAACAACACAAAACAGCGUGGUUGUAUUAUGCACGUAAUCCGUGUACGCUUGGAAAUAGGUUGGCAACACUUAAAGAUAAUAAUACUAUGAGCAGCUGAUUGACUAUUAUAACUAUGAUUUCACCUGUCAUUUCGUGUUUAUAGUUUUGGUAUUUCUGAACUUUCUGGACUUUUCUUUUAAACAUUUUUAAAACAUUCCUUUGAUCUUAAUAAACAAGAAAAUACCUAUAAAGCAUUUUUUUAGGCACGGAAACGACUUUAAAUUACAAAAACAUACGGAACUAUUUUCUCAAGUCGCGGAGCACAUUGCUUGCCGAAGAAAUAAUAGCGGAGUGAUACGGACUGGUGACUACUUUCUCUAGGGCACCUAUUUGUGUUGCCAGCUGAACCUAAAAACGUGCUGUAUAGUGUUUGAAAGAUUAAUUAUUUAUAUGCUUUAUGGUGACUGUAGGAAAAAUAUAAUGUGUAACACGAGUGCAAACACAUAUGCACAUGUGCUCGAGAUCAUUCCGCACUUGCCUGCGGCUCGUGCGUAAACAUUGCUCUCGUGUGCAGCAAAGCGCCACUUUGCUCACUAGUUACACAAAUAACUAUUCUUUGUAGUGUAGCGGUUCAAAACACAACUGAAAGUGGGUCUUUACAUAUUCUAGACCAUUUAAAUUACUCGAUAAAAAAAACACUUAAACACCAGCAUACUCGAAAAAUCUCACACUUUAAACAUUGUCUCAAAUAUGUAUUGACUCGCUUUCGACUCUUCUUGUAAAAUAUACAAAAUAAUGAAAUAUAAAUGAAUGAUGAAAGUCAUUUUUUUUUAAGUCUUGAAUAUUUUAUGAUUUUGUAAACGUUUCACAAUUUAACAUAACAUUUUUGUUUCAUUAACCUGUUUUAUUUCAGUAAAAUUUAUUAAUAAAACUAAUUUAUUAAUCUAUUAAGUAACAGCCUAAAAGUGGGCAUUUUCAUGCAUUUCUAAUGUUACUGAACUAGUUGUCAAUUCACUUGGUGUCAUUAAUGUAAUUGUGU